CCUUGCGUUGAAAGGAGCCAGUUGAGGUGGUUCGGGAUCUGGUAAGGAUGCCUCCUGGGGGGGGGGUCCCUCGGGAGGUGGCCCAGGCACGUCCAGCUGGGAGGAGGCCCCCGGGAAGACACAGGACUAGGUGAAGGGACGUCCAGCUGGGAGGAGGCCCCCGGGAAGACACAGGACACACCCAGAUAUAUACAGGUACAUAAGACAGUGCUCCUGAAGGCUGACCCCUAAACAGGUGACCAGGACAACAGGAGGAUGGAAGAACAGGGAGCAGAGAAUGGAGUGGCGGACAUGGCAGCCUGCUACCAGGGAUUUGAUCCUGGAGCGUAUCUGCAGAAUAACUACAGUCCAGCAAUAGCUGAUUUUGAAAGAAAGGACGGCCUUGAACCUUGGAAACUGGCAUGCCUACACAGAGCUUUCACUGAAGGCGAUGUGCGUGGUGAGCUGCUGGUGGACGUGGGUUCGGGUCCCAGCUUGUACCAGGUGAUGAGCGGCUGUGAGGUUUUCAACAAGGUGCUCCUCACAGAUUUCCUGGAGGUCAACAGACAGGAGCUGAGGAGCUGGCUCCAGGACGAGGGGGGCUGCAGCAUGGACUGGACCCCAUUCCUGCAGCACGUCUGCAAGCUGGAGGGACGACCGUCCUCGGCAUGGACAGAGAAGGCUGCCAGGCUACGUCAGGUCAUCGUGGACAUAGUCCACAUUGACGUGCACUCCCCUCAGCCUCUGGCCCUGGACGUCCUUCCUUCAGCCGGGGCCGACUGUCUCGUGUCCGCCUACUGUCUGGAGAGUGCCAGCCCGGACCUGGCUGCCUUCACCAGGGCCCUGGGCCACAUCGGGAGGCUCCUGCGGCCCGGGGGCCACCUCCUGCUCAUCGGGACUCUGGGAAUGACUUACUACAUGGCGGGGCCUGGGGUGAAGAUCCCUACGGUCCCAGUGAAUGCGGCCCAGGUCUGUGCUAGUCUGAAGGAGAGCGGCUACACCCUGAUCAGGCUGGAGGUUUACAGAGUGCCUCAAGACAUGAUGCUGUGUUCUGAUGAUUCCCCUGGGACGUUUUUUGUUAAGGCAAUAAAGGAGUAAACGUGAGAAAAGAGGAUAGAUAAAGGUUAUUAAAGAUGAAAGUGAAAAUGAUAAGUUUUCAGAUGAAAAUAUAUUUUAGGCCGAGGUAAACGCAAGGUGUAGCAAUGAGAAAAUGAUGCUAAUGGUUUUUGUGGGGAAGUGGAGGUCGCUUUGAUUCUGAUCACCAAUCAUUUAAAUUGUUUUCAAACUGACUCUUAAUGGAAAAAAUGCAAAGACAAAAAUCAUGUUAAUGAGAUGUGUCACUUCCUGUCCUUGGUCCAGGAGAUGUUUUAGAAAUGUAAUUCCACAUUGCUCCCUGCAGGUCAAACACAGAAACUACAGCAUCCAGAAUGCAACGCUUCCAUUUUGAUGAUAAGUUGCAAGUUGUUUUGUAAUUUCUGAUAAUAUAAAUGAAGAUGAUAAAACAAUUGGAAGCAGUAUAAAUUUGAUAAUACAGCUAAAAAAUUGCAUUAUUUUAAAGGUAAUGAUUUUCAUGGCAGGCACGAGGAGUCGUUUGGUACAUUUUCAGAAAAAUUUAGGUUUUUAUUUACAAAACAAUUAUUUUUUUUCAAAAAACAGAAAAUCCUGGGACCAUAAAAGAGGUCAACUAAGCAGACCUUCAGUCAGGUAACAUAACCGAGAAGACCUACACAAACUGAGCAGACCUCCCCCAGACUGAGACAUGGGAAAAGCUGAUCUGGUGGCUGAUCAGGCCAUUCUGACACAAAGGGGGGUAAACAAACACAAUAAAGAGCCAAACCAUAGUAACUGCAACCAAUAUUAAACCAAUGCUACCUAAUAUGGAAGGAUAAGGUAUUCAAAUAAUCAUAACUAUAAGUAUAACUAGCAAAGAAAAGAACACAACUCGAAAAUUAAAUGCUCUGCCACCCCAUGAUAUGGGGAAACAUGGUGCAGUCCAAUUAUCCCUUCUCCAUUUAAACAGCUUUGAAGCAGUUGGAGGCCCUUUUGCCUCUCAGCCAUCGACCCCCAGCAGCAGCUCCCCAGGUACUGGCAUCUCACAAAGAAAAGGUAUUCAUUUCACAGGAUGUAACUUAAAGAUAAUGAACCUGAAAUAUGCCAAAUUGACAAAGUUAAAUAUGUCUAUCCCAAAAGAAACUAUGUCAAAUAACAAAAAAUCUGUUUGUAGAACUAAAAUGUGUCCAGGUAUUUAUUGUGUAUAAUGUGUUAUGUGCUCAAACCAAAAAACAAGAGUUAUCACCGUGAGUUGUUGCCAUCACACACCAAAAUGUACAGUUGUCCUAGAUGUCCGUCAAGAUUCACACAGAUAAAGAAACUGAUGUGGCACCUUUGUGAAAUGCAUGCAUUGUCAGAGGGAUUGGAGUUAACACUUAGUUGCAGCCAAGAUGUUGUCCAAAGACAUACGACAGCAUUAAUUCAUUUACCAAGCACCUUUCCAGAGAGUACCAAGUACCUGAGCUGUUGAGCCUUCUCUUCAGACCUUCCCAACAUCUACUGACUCCACAUGUGGGACUAUCUACACAACACUAGAGGAAAACCUAGCUGAUCCUUCUGAGGGUUUUAAACUUCUUUAAGUGAUAGUGCAGCCUGGUUUGUGGCAAAAAUGUACUCUGGAUCAAAUGUAGCACUAAUGGAUGUAACAAGAACUGUAACGUGGGUUAAAGAACUUGUGGAAACAUCUGUAGCUACUUUACAAAAUUCUUUUUCAUCAGUGUUCAAUAAUACGGAUGUACCACGUGACCGUGAACUUGUGCUACCACUAAUGGGACCGUUUGAAAGUGCCAAACAAAUGUUUGAUGACAUAGCCACUCCUUUGAAUAUGAAUACACACCUAUCAGAAGGAUUCCACCUUGUCAAUCCAAAGGAAAUAUUUAUUGGUCACAGUGGAGAUAAUGUACAGAAACCGGGACAAAUGAAGCAGGUUUUGGCACCAGACACUUGUCAGUAUGUAGCAAUACUUGAAACAAUCAAAUGUAUUUUUAGUAGUGACCAAAUGCAAAGUGUCUACUUAUGAUGAGACAAAAAAUCCUCUGAGCUCCAAAACUAAAAUCCAUAAAAUGGGUACUGUUUACUUCACUCUACAGAAUUUACCCCAGAUUGCAAGUCAUCCCUAGCUCACACUCCCUUGUUAUUUAAUUCAAUCGACAGGGA